AUGGUUACAACUCUCCCUCAAGUGCUUCUUGCACUUAUCCCAGUGGCUUUGGCAUUUCCAGCGCCACAUCCAGUAGCUCAACCCGUUCCUCACCCUAUGAUAACUCCACGAGCCUCUUUGACGGAUAGAACACCAUCGCUAGUGGAAGAAAGAGGAGUGAUUAGUUCCGUCGAAUCAUCCAUCAAAGGUCUAGAAAGUUAUAUUACCAGCGUUCUCGGCACUUAUCCUUCAUACAUUGCUAGCGGGGUACCCAAUUUCUUCCAGGAUUUUCCAACCGGAAGUGCAGUCCAAAGUAGUUUGGGAAUUGGUGAUAGUGACUUGGCAGCAACUCCUACACAAGUCUUGAAUAUCCCAGGAUAUGCGAAUUGGACUGAUCAAGGCUGGAACCUUCGCGUUCACGGAAACGUCUUCAAACAACCAAACAUUUCCGAAUCCAAGCUGGACGAUUUAGCAAACAUCUUCCUGGUUGGUACCUCAAUCGAAGAUCUUCCCGCGGCCCAACAAAGUCAAGCCCGAAAUCUUACUGCCGAAAUUUUCGUCGUACAACAAGCACAUGUUAAUGUUUCAUUCAGCUUGGAGCCUGCUGCGUCUCAAGGUGGAGAUGGAGAGAGUGGCGGUGGUGGAGCGGUAACCGCAGGUGGAGGAGCCCAGAAUAUUACACUUGUGGGACAAACAACCGUGGAGGGUGAUUAUGAUCAAUUUAUCCAAAUCGCCAACGUUUCUGGACCUGGUGGAUAUCUUGCUCCUGGUAACGACACAACCGACAUUCAAAGAAUAAAUGUUUACACCGAUGGCACACUGACCGGAAAUGCAACAUCCUACCUCGUCCCUGAGUCUGGUAUUACCAUUAUCUCCGAUAUUGAUGACAUUCUUCGUGUUACAAAAAUUUACGAGCCAAAAGAAGGUCUUCUUAACUCUUUUGCUAGACCAUUCACUCAAUGGAUGAACAUGCCCGAUAUUUACGCCAAUUGGUCUCGCACCAUCCCUAACUUCCACUUCCAUUACUUAACCACUACCCCGGAGCAAGUUACAAGGAACUACAUGCAAUUCAUCUACGACACCUAUCCAGGAGGAUCUUUUGAUACUCGUCCCCUCAACUUCUCCGAUGUAUCCGCAACACUCUCUAUCCGAAAGUAUCUUCUCACCAAGAUCUUUGAGACCUAUCCCAACCGCAAAUUUAUUUUAAUGGCCGAUACUUCUAACUCUGAUGUUAUGAAGGAUUAUCCUGAGAUGGCUACCGAUUUUCCUGGACAAGUCCAAUGUAUCUUCCUUCGCAAUACAUCUGCGACGGACAGUGGAGACAAAUUCCCAUACGAGACAUCGGGUUUCCAAAAUUUGAAUCAGUCACAAUACAUGUUCUUUAAAGUGCCAGAUGAUCUCACGAACCUUGACAUUGUCAAUGGACAAUGUUACAACAGCACUAUUCCGCAAAACCUCACAUUCAGCCUGCAAGGACUACCUUUUGGAUUGAGCAAGAGUGGUGCUGGAAAGAGCAUGGCUAUUGGACAGAGCUUGGUUUGGGCAGCCAUGGUUGGAGCUUUUAUGCUUGCCUUGUAA